GUCAUCUAAAGCUUUGUUCUUCCCUUUUAUCACUCCGCUAAAAGCAGCCAUUAAUCUUGGGUGCUCUGCAAUAAAAGGCAGCCAUCGAGAUUGACGACUGCCUGCUAUAAGUUGAAAGCGUAGCCAGUGGACAAUGCAUUCUAUUCCUCUGUCCCGCAACCACCAUGUCGAUCAUGGCCACUCAACAGACCCACUCUCCUGCUAGUCACCAGGAGUCCAAGAGCGAUCUGCAGGCGGAUCAUAUUUGUGUGCCACCUGUUGAUCAGGUGCAGGAGCACGAGCAUGAGCAAGAGCACGAGAAGGAGAACGCGAGUGUGAAUGAAGACAACGACGACGACGAGACCGCCACGAUCAAACCCAAGCCCGAGGAAGUCUACGACGACGACAACCAUCCCGCAACCCAGCCGUAUGAUGUAUGCGAGAGACCGAGCGGACGGGCAUUGAUUGGCCAGGACUCGAGCUUCCAGGAGUCCAUGGAGGAGGUGCUGCCGCUUGUCCCGAGAGCACAGUGGAGCGAGUCACGCCGGAGACUGUUCAUUCGCACCGACUCGGAUCCCGUGGCGGGUCGUGUCUACACCGAUUUCGAAGCCUGUUUCCGCCACAUCACUGCGACCCGCCAGGACCAGCACUUCCUCCUCCCUCCCGACGACCCCGACGAAGCAUUUCCAGAGUGGAUUGUCAAGGUUCCCCUCAGCAUUCCUGUCGAAUUCUAUGAUCUGCUGACGAGUAACCCACAGUCCAGCGACCCGAUCGUCCAAUUUCUGCGCAACGACCAUUUCGGGAACGGCGCGAGGCUGGCGGACCCGGAGUACCUCGGGACUGGAUCCCGAUGCGCUCUGUACCGCGUCCGGCAUUCGGUUACUGGCGCUGUCUGGCUGAUCAAAAGGACGAUCUACGAGAAAUACGUCGACAAAAACACCUUUUUCAACAACUACGAAGAGAACGACGUGCUGAAGGCGAUCCAAACUGCGGUGCGACAAGGUGAAUCGGAAACCGAUUUUCCUGCUUUGAGGAAUGGGGUAUGCCAGUUUGUCGGAAGCAGGCCGUGUGAGAAUACAGUCGAUCUCCUGUUCGAGUACAUGCCCGGGGCAGAUCUCCGUAACAGGAUUCUCCACAAGAACCAAAAAUUCGAUCAACACAAGUGCAAGUCCGUGGCGGUCGAUAUUUGCACGGCUAUGGCAGCGCUGCACCGCCGGGGCGUCGUGCACCGCAACAUCGCCCUCGAGAAUUUGAUCUACUCGGACACGGGUACGAGGAUCGUCGGGUUCGGCUCCGCCACCGCGAAUUUAGAGAAAAGCGGAGCCAGUUAUUCCGACAGCGUCGACUGCCACAGCGUCGGCGUCUGCCUGAUUAUGUUGCUGGCAAGCAAUGUCCCUGCACUCAGAGACGUCGUCGGAGACUCGCUGGCCGCAGAGGGCUCCGCACUCGGGCGCCACCAAAUUAUCUGGGACCAAGUAAAGGCCGCGGCAGCUGUUGAUGACUCUGGCAUCGAAUUCAUCGAUGGCCUUAUCGCAGAAAAUCCUUCCGAGCGACUGACCUUCGAAGACGCGCUCCAAGCGAAGUGGAUCCGCCACCUCUCGCCGAGCUGGACUCCGCCGAAAUCCGCGCCCAAGCAGUCUCAGUCUCUGAUCCUGGCCACGGAUAAACCCAGCCGUGCGAUCAGCCUGAAGAGGAUGCUAUCCGACGCCGACAUCAAUCUCCCCGACAACUUGAAGCGGGUCAACUUGCACGUCGACGACGAUUAG